AUAAAGAAAUAUCUCCGAUUUCUAUCCCACAUCCUCUCACGAGUACUUCCCGUGCCUUUGGUUAUCUACCAAGCAAUUGUGAACCCUUUAUUCGCAUAUCUACUCUUUAUUGGAAAUCUAUGUUUUUCCUUUUUUUUUAACUUUCACGUCUUAAAAAAUAUUUACCGUCUGAAAUUAAUGUGCAAUUUCAUCGACAAAUGUAAGCUUAGGCAAAACGCUGGCUUUCAAUUCAAGAAACCAAAGCAGUGUAUGAAGCUAAUGUUGCUCUUGAAGUCCCAAGUUUGAAUCGCAGCAACAUUUGAGCUCUUCAUUUGUGUUGAUGGUCAGGCAUGGCAGCCGUUGUAUUUUCAAGUUCGCUCGCUCUAGUUCCCCGACAAAAUCAAUUAAUAAUACCAGGCGGGUGUGUUUUCUCAGGUUUUCGUUCGGACAAGCUGCACAAAUCAACUGCAUUUAAGAAAACUCUGCGCACGAGAGAAUCAUUUUCUAUAUCAGCUUUUGAAGGUCGGAUGGGAGGAAUAUUUUGCUGUAAAGUCGAGGAGAACGAAGCGUCUCUCGAAGAACAGCUAGAAUUCACUGUUCGACGAAUUCAUUACUACAGGAAAGAUCAUGUCUAUGAGAACUGGGGGCUUCAUGCUUGGGGAGAUAUAAAUGUCCAGACACUGUGGGAGAAACCUUUAACUGUCACAGGAUCUGAUGAUUUUGGUGUGUAUUGGGAUAUUAGGGUGAAGCCCGGUGGAGUUUUGAACUUUAUUAUUCAUAAAGGGGAAACUAAGGAUUUCUCUGGAUCUAUAUUGGCCGAGGAUACUGAUAUCUGGGUGAUUUCAGAGUGUUCAUCAGUGUUUAAAGUGAAACCAGAUCUUACUUCAGUGCUUAAGGGCAAUCUUUCAAUGUCAAGAGCCUAUUGGGUGAGUGAGCUCUUACUUGCAUGGAAUUUGGAUGUAGAAAAUGUUCAAUUCCAGCUUUUUGCCAGCAAAAGUGCAAAGUUGGAUAUUACUUCUGGAGGGAUAAAAGGAGAGGAUUUGGUGGUUCCACUUGAAAGGGAAUCUGGCAGUCUUCCAGGAGAGAUUAUUGGGAAGUUUCCUCACAUUGCACAUUACAAGGCUUUUAAAUUGCCGGCUGGUGUCAAUGUUAAAGAGCUUGUCAAAUCCCAAUUAGCAAUUGCUUGCAUUGAUGCUUAUGGAACUUUGAUGGAUACUACUAGUAUACAGUUACAGGGUGUUUUGGAUGAUCUCUUUUCCUACGAUGGUCCACUUGGAGCCACAUUUACUGAGGAUGCUGUGAUGGUUCAUCUUUGGGCACCGACAGCUCAAUGUGUGCGUGUCUUCGUUUAUUCUAGUCCUUCAGGUGGUUCACCUUUAGAAACAAUCCACCUCAAAGAAGAGGGUGGUGUUUGGAGCACUUGUGGGCCAAGAAGUUGGGAGGGAAAAUAUUACUUGUGUGAAGUUACAGUAUUCCAUCCUGGUAGCCAACGUGUUGAAAUUUGUAUGGUAAAUGAUCCUUAUUCACGAGGACUUUCAGCAAAUGGAGAAAGAUCUUUGUUUGUCAAUCUCCAAGACCCAUUGUUGAAACCAGAAGGAUGGGAAAGCUUGGCUGAUGAAAAGCCGCAGUUAGAAUCAUUUGCUGACAUUGUUAUUUAUGAAUUACAUAUCAGGGAUUUCAGCGUGAAUGAUGAAAGUGUGGAUCCAAACUUAAGAGGGACAUAUCUUGGUUUUACAUCACAUGAUUCUGCAGGCAUGUGCCAUUUGAAGAAGUUGUCCGAAUCUGGUCUUACACAUUUACACUUGUUACCCAGCUUUCACUUUGCAACUGUUGAUGACAAUAAAGAGAACUGGAAGUUUAUUGAUGAGGACACGUUGGCAUCACUGCCACCAGAUUCAGAAGAACAACAAGCUCAAAUUGUCAGUAUUCAAAAUGAAGAUGGCUUCAAUUGGGGUUAUGAUCCUGUCCUUUGGGGUGUACCAAAAGGAAGUUAUGCAACAAAUCCAAAUGGUUCAUGUCGUACAUUGGAGUUUAGAAAAAUGGUGCAGGCCUUAAAUCGUAUUGGUCUAAGGGUUGUAUUGGAUACUGUUUACAACCAUUUACAUGCAAGUGGACCAAAUGACAAAGGGUCUGUCCUUGACAAGGUUGUUCCUGGCUAUUAUCUGAGAAGAAAUGUAGAUGGAUUCAUAGAGAACAGUGCAUGUGCAAAUAACACUGCCAGUGAACACUAUAUGGUAAAUCGGCUGAUUAUUGACGAUCUCCUUCUCUGGGCAAUGGAAUAUAAGGUUGAUGGAUUUCGCUUUGAUCUCAUGGGACAUCUAAUGAAAAGUACCAUGGUGAGUGCAAGAAACACACUUGAUAGGUUGUUGAAGCAUGAAAAUGGUGUAGAUGGUUCUAAGAUAUACAUUUAUGGAGAAGGAUGGGAUUUUGGCGAGGUUGCACAUAAUGGGCGUGGAAUAAAUGCAUCCCAAUCAAAUCUUGCAGGGACAGGGAUUGGGAGUUUCAAUGAUCGCAUACGUGACUCAGUCAUUGGAGGUUCUCCAUUUGGUCCUCAUCUUCAACAAGGUUUUGUCACAGGCUUGUAUUUGCAGCCUAAUGAACAUGACCAUGGUCGGAAGGAUGCUGUAGCAAAGUAUCUGGCAUCACAAGCUGAUUGGAUCUCUGUUGGGUUGGCAGGCAACUUAAGAGAUUUUGUGACCAUUAACUAUGAAGGAAUAGAGGUAAAAGGGUCUGAAGUUAAGAAAGAUGAUGGAGUGCCUGUUGGAUAUGCAUUGAGCCCAAUAGAAACUAUAAAUUAUGUCUCAGCACAUGAUAAUGAAACAUUAUUCGACAUGGUCAUGUGGAAGACUGCAAAGGAAGUUCAAUUGGAGGAGAGAUGCAGGAUAAACCAUUUGGCUACGAGUAUUGUAGCACUUUCACAGGGUAUACCAUUUUUCCAUGCAGGAGAAGAUAUGCUGCGAUCCAAAUCCCUUGAUCGUGAUUCAUACAAUUCUAGUGAUUGGUUCAAUAGGUUAGACUUCAGCUAUGAAUCAAAUAACUGGGGAGUUGGAUUACCUCCAAAAGAAAAGAAUGGAUAUAACUGGCCUGUAAUGAAGACAUUUCUGGCAAAUCCUUCCUUUAGACCAGAAAAGCAUCAUAUUCUGUCUGCUGUUGAACAUUUUCAAAAUAUGCUCAAAAUUAGACGCUCUUCUCCUCUUUUUCGGUUGGGGACAGCAAAUUCUAUUCAAGCGAGGGUUCGUUUUCACAAUACUGGGCCUUCAUGGGUUCCUGGCUCUAUUAUUAUGAGCAUUGAAGAUGGCAAUAAAGGGAUGCCUGGUUUGGCUCAACUUGAUCCACUGUACCGAAGAAUUGUUGUAAUAUUUAAUGCCCGCCCAAGCAAUCUUGUAGUUCCAAUUUCUGCACUUAAGGCGUUAUCACUUACUCUCCAUCCAGUACAGGAAGCAUCAUCUGAUGCCCGAGUUAAAACUUCAUUAUAUGGUACAAUCACAGGCACAUUCAAUAUUCCACCGAGGACAACAUCUGUAUUUGUGGAAGCUAGAUAGGUAUGCGUCUGUUUUUAGAUAUUCAGAGCCAAAUAGAGAAUUUAAAUAAGCUCCCUGAUGAGCUUUGUCUUCACAGCAAAACCAUGCAAGUGAUUUUAACUAUUAUCAAAUAAAUGCCACUCGAAUUGUUCAUUUGAGAGUCAAAUAAAUGUAGAAUGUUAUUCAAUUUUCUAUAUAAUAGCGUAUUACACUUCUCAUCUUCUUCUUAAUAUGGUUUUUAUGCAUGGAGGAUUGUAAGAGAUGGUGAAACAAAACCAUGUAAAAGCCCAACCAUUUUAUAGCUCAUUCUUUCUUGCAUGCGACUCAUAUGAAUUGGUUAGCUUUGCA